AUGCCCGGAACCGGGAUUCCAACCCAUGCCCUGCCCUGCUUAGCUCGCUCCCGACACGCAUCUCAACCCAGUCUUGCUGAUCACUUCGUCCUCGUUCAGGAAAUGCAGCAGACCACAAGGCCAUUGAACCAACACCGUCCCUCUCUAUCAACUGCUUCCUCUUCCGGGCUUACCACACGACAAUCCCACUCUCGCACCAACUCCCAUUCCAUCCUCAGCGGCGCUCUCAAUGCCAACCACCGUGUGACUCGCCGCAAGUCCAUGACAAACACCGCCGCAAACGCGGCGGCCAUGGCAGCGGCGAUCAAGGAAGUGGGCGGCGACAAAGUCACGCCCAUUGCCGUCAGCUCUCGUAGGAACACUGCCUCAAAGAGUGCUGCAGCCCGCGCCGCCAUCAUCGGGAGUCUUCCCUCGCCCCCAGCGAGUCUGCCGACGCACAAAUUCCACUUGGAUGGAAAGACUGAGAUCCACGAGAGCGCCAUUGAGGAUGACCCAGUCAUCGGGUCAGCCGACGAAGGCGAUGAUAAUGCUCAAAAGGCUCGUAUUCGUCGCGCCAGCGAUGGUCAGCCUCUCGUAAAGGAGGGCAGGAAGUUCAACCGCAUCGAGCUCAAGUGCGAGACGUGCGGAAAGGGAUACAAGCACAGCAGUUGCCUGACCAAGCAUUUGUUCGUUUCCCUUCCCCAAUUCCCUCAUUCCGUCCCAAAUAUUGUCGCGUGGGAACACACUCCCGAAUGGUCUCUGACAUCCAAGCUGCUUAUUUCCAAGCAUCAGCAAGUCCAGCUCCUUGAGGCUGCCUCUGUCUUGUUGACCAUGAACCACAAGGAAGAGGGUGAUGCGGCGACGCCCCCGGAUUCCGCCAAGGAUUUCCCUAGUGACCAAGAAGAGUCGACUUCUCCCGCUGCUUCUGGAUAUUCAGACGAGCGACACAGCUCUGCCGAUACCACCCCACCUCCUCAAUUGGAGGGAUUUUCGUCGUCGGAUCGUUCGUUCGCGAAGCGGUACGGGUCCGGAAGUGGAUUCGGUCGUUCAUACCAGUCUGCGCCGUCCAUCAACCCUCUCGUGACAGGCAGCAUGCCACGUGGAACAGGAUUUUCUUCACACUUUCGUCAAACCAGCCAGGACCAACGACCGCCGUCGUCAGGAAGAAAUGCCACCGGACAAGAAGAUCAGGAUCUGGCAGCGGCUGUGGAGCUUCUUAGUUGCAGCUUCAACAGCAACAACGGAAGAACAGUGCAACUUCCAGCGGACGCUCCUCCUGUGCCCCCGCUACCGGCGCAAUAUCUCGACCAGGCGGCAUCUUUCUCGAGUGCUGGGUUCAGCGCAGGUUUCAGUGCCGGAUUCCUCAACAGCUUCCCUAGCAGGCAGCCAGAGAGCUUCACACGAGGCGAAGUCCGCGGCUCCGAUGUCAAGAUGGAAGACAGCGACAGCGUGAUGGACGAUGAUGACUUUGACCGCCGAUCUCGAUCUCGAAGCGACGAAGAUGACGACGGCGUCUUCGGACGUAUGGAGGAAUAG